AUGCAGACAUGCCGAAGUGCAUCUGUCUGGAUAGUUAACACGAUCCAAACAUCCCUCCUCGUUCCACUAACUCGGGCUCUUCCUCCGGCUCCCCGGGCAGCGCUCUGGGCCGGCUGGCCGGUGCCCCAGGCUCGCAGCGCCCGGCAGUCUCGCCCUUUUGUGGUCUCUGCCCGAGAUCCAAAGUGCCGCGCCGAGGAGGCGGGCUGCUCGGAGUGCCCGGGUCAGAGACGCGGCCGCCGCCGCCGGCCUCUGUGUGCGCGCGGGGAGGAAAGGGUUAAGCAGCCCGAGCCCGGGGAAGGGGCUGCGCUCAUCCUGGAGCGAGGUGCAGCCACCGGCAGCUGUGAUUUAGGGGUCAAGUCCGAGAUCACCUUUCUCCUGCCUCUGGAAAUGGCAGAAGAUGAGAGGAAGGCCAAUCUGUAUCGGUCCGUCUAUUCUCUGUGGUCCCUUCCUCGGGGUGAAAUCCCGUCUCCUUUUUCCUGGGGCCCUUGUUUUCUUCUUUCCUCUCAGACAUCUAAGAUAUCCUCGUCUAGUUUACCACUGCCAGGGGCCCUUCCUUCUUCAGCAACGAAUCAGACAAGUCUGAGAACAAGAACAAUCCUGCAAGCUGCCAACCACCAGCUCUGGCCUCCAGCAGAGGGUGUCAGGAAACUCGGACCUUGUGCUUCUCCUUGCACAUUGUGUGUGGGUUGCAAAGGGGCAAGGUGCACAUCUGAAAGCCAGAGUGUGCCCAGGCCAACAAGACGUCUGAAAGCUGCAGGGGACCACGCUGGCAGAGUCCAGUGGCUGCAGAACCACAGCCGAUCGCUUUGGUCAGUGUGGGGGCGGCCCUUUUCACUCAGCUCUUUUGGGGGUUCCCGGGCUCUCCCAGGUGGCAGGUCCUGCGAGGAGAGAUGUAGUCACGGCUGCACCCUGUGACCUUGUGGACCAUCACACGAGCCCGGAGCCCGGCCACCUCUCGGUCCUGCCGUCGUCUUGGGCUAACCGGUCGUCUCCUACAAACACACAAGACGGAGAAGGAUGCGUUAACUCGGCCUCUCCCCGCAGAAUACAGUUCGCCAUUGCAGCACUGAUUA